UCUCUUUGUUUCUUUCUUCUCCCAACAAAACACCAAAAAAUGGAAGGCUUCAAUUUCUUUAAUCUGAUGAUCAUAGCUUUAUUAUGUUUAUCAUCUUUCGUUCACAGUCUCGAGAUUGGAGAAACAUGUAGUUCGAGCAGCCAAUGCGACGCCGGAUUGAUUUGCCAGAGUUGUCCAGCGAAUGGAAAUACCGGGUCUACUUGUACCCGGAUCCAACCUCUUAACCCGACUUCAAAGGUGAAUGGUUUGCCGUUUAAUAAGUACUCGUGGCUAACCACACACAAUUCGUACGCAAUCACGGGGGCAAAUUCGGCAACUGGCUCAUUCCUUAUCUCUCCAAAGAAUCAAGAAGACUCCAUCACUAAUCAGCUUAAGAAUGGUGUGAGAGGGAUAAUGCUAGAUACAUAUGAUUUUCAAAACGAUAUAUGGUUGUGUCAUUCCACUGGAGGGACUUGCUUUAACUUCACAGCCUUUCAACCAGCUAUCAAUGCACUCAAAGAGAUCAAUGAUUUUCUUGAAUCAAACUUGUCUGAGAUUGUUACAAUCAUUCUUGAAGAUUAUGUCAAAUCUCCAAUGGGAUUGACUAACGUGUUCAAUGCAUCAGGAUUGAGUAAGUUCCAGUUACCAAUUUCGAGAAUGCCGAAAGACGGUACAGACUGGCCAACAGUGGAUGAUAUGGUGAAGCAGAACCAAAGGCUUGUUGUUUUUACUUCCAAGAAGGAUAAAGAAGCUUCUGAAGGUUUUGCUUACCAGUGGAAUUACAUGGUUGAAAAUCAGUUUGGCAAUGAUGGAUUGAAGGAUGGAUCAUGCUCGAGUCGAUCUGAAUCUUCUCCAUUGGAUACCAAGUCUCUGUCUUUGGUUUUUCAGAACUAUUUUGAAACCAAUCCGAAUUCAACGCAAGCGUGUGCGGAUAAUUCCUCUCCGUUGAUUGAAAUGAUGAGAGCUUGCCAUGAAGCAGCGGGUAAAAGAUGGCCUAACUUCAUCGCUGUUGAUUUUUACCAGAGGAGUGACAGUGGAGGAGCUGCCGAAGCUGUAGAUGAAGCAAACGGUCGUCUCACAUGUGGUUGUGACAGCUUAGUCUUUUGCAAGUCAAACGCACCUUUUGGCACAUGUGAUGCUCCUCCUCCGAAGUCGGCUCCAUCACCAGUCGCUGGAGGGACAGAUUCUUCACGGAAUUCAAAAAAUCUUCCUGCGGGUAAUGCUGAUUCUACAGCUAUGGGAUUGUCAUCUCUCGUUCUGAUCUCUGCGGCGACUCUCUUGCUGUGGUGAUAGUUCCUCAGUGAGCUCAGUUUGGUUUGAUCUGAUACAAAUGAUUUGAUUUCCCC